AUGAUUGAAAAAGCUCAAUGUACAGACCUCAAUCUGAUUCUUGAGUUCCUCAUAGUGCUCAUCAAGAUGGUUGACGCCGGAGACACUAGCCUUCAUAAGGAAAUAGGCUACAUCCAGAUUAUUCAUCCAUCUAACAUUCGAGACUUGGUCUCCAUCACCUUCAAGCUGUGCAACAAGGGUAGCACCUUCAGACCAAAGUCGUGCAGAAUACGCACAUCAAAGCGCAUUGUGCUGCCAAUCAGGCUACUCAUGUCUAGCCCUUUGAUCGGAAUUUUUGAAGCUACAGCCUUCGCCAUUUCAUCCAUAUUUCGAGUUCAACACCAGACAGUUCUCCAUCAAACAGGCCAAUGCAUAACAAAAGUCUGGGCUUAA